CUACCGGCGGUGUUCCGCCACCCCCACCGCCGCCGCUUGUCCAGAGGGCCCCCACCCCACCUCCGGUCCCAACGCCGCCAACCGUACCCUCGAAAGGACCUCCUGGAGCCUUUUUGGUUAGACUUGAUGAUCUAUAAUGGCUCACCUUUCAAAGACCACUGGGCGUAUUUUGUCCGCUCUCACACUGAGGAUGACAUCGGUGUCAAGAUUCACGCGACCGGCGACGUUCGUAAUGGCUUCAAAUUCGAGGUCAAACGCAGUCAUGACUUCGCAAAUACUUCCGACAUUCGUACCAAAAGGGUUCCACUUCAAUGGGUUGAUGCCAAGCACUUUGACGAAGGCGCGAUGCUCAACUGGGGAGUGGAAAAGAUCGUUAAGAGGCCUGUCUGCGGUUUCGAGGCCAGUGCAUACCAGGCGAAGGCUCCGGGAAAGACUUUGAACGCGGCCGACGAUAAGGCAGGUCACCCGAGGUGCCUUUUUGCGAACAUUUCGAUUAUUCCUGCCAUGCCUUCAGAAUGCUUUACUAACAGAGAUGACAAGGAUGCGUCUGGCAAAAAGGUCACCCUCGAGGACUGCCAGACAUGGUUGGUUGAGGCAGCGGGCUACCUUGUUUAA